AUGUUGCUUCUCUUCGCACCAACCCUCUUAGCCACUUCGGUGUAUGCAGUCAACAAUGGUCUGGCUAGAACGCCUCAGAUGGGGUGGAACAACUGGAAUUCCCUCGGCUGUGAUGUAUCCCAGUCAUUGUUGCUCGAUACUUCCAAGGUGUUGCUGAAUAGCGGCCUGAAAGACGUGGGUUAUCAAUAUGUCGUCCUUGAUGAUUGCUGGUCGGAUGGGCGUGACGCCGGUGGCUAUCUUCAACAUGACGCGAAGAAAUUCCCCAACGGCAUGAAAUGGGUUGCUAAUGAACUUCACGAGAUGGGUCUCCUGUUUGGCAUGUAUUCAAGUGCUGGAGAAAUGACCUGCGCCAGAUACGAAGGUUCGCUUGACCACGAAGAGAAAGACGCAGAGAUUUGGGCCUCGUGGGAUGUCGACUAUCUGAAAUACGACAAUUGUUACCAUCGCGGCCGAUUCGGCUACCCUGAAAUCUCCUUCAACCGUUACAACAAGAUGGCCCAAGCACUCAACGCUACUGGUCGACCAAUUCUUUAUUCGUUAUGUUCCUGGGGAGAGGACUAUGUGCACACGUGGGGCAUGUCCAUUGCUAAUUCCUGGCGAAUGUCCGGCGAUAUCUAUGACCACUUCAACCGUCCAGACGCUCUAUGUGCGUGCGACGAUCCUCGAGAUCCGCAUUGUGUCGCACCAGGAAGUCACUGUUCAGUCAUGAAUAUCAUCAAUAAAGUUGCGCCCUACGCUGAUCGCAGUCAGUUUGGCGGCUGGAACGAUUUAGACAUGUUGGAGGUGGGACAGGGUGGGAUGACUGACGAAGAAUACAAAGCACACUUUUCCAUGUGGGCAGCUCUGAAAUCUCCGCUACUGAUUGGGGCCGACAUUCGCAAGCUGUCGUCCAAAACGUUGACAAUUCUAAACAACCCGGCCGUGAUUGCAGUCAGCCAAGAUCCACUCGGUCGGUCUGUUGCUCAGAUAUACCGGGAUCAACAGGUCAAGAAGGACAAAUAUGGACAAGGCGAGGUCCAAAUUUGGAGUGGCCCGCUUUGGCUCCACGACCAGGUUGUCAUCUUCCUCAAUGCAGCGGACGAGGAUCUCGAAAUGACAACCACCCUCAAUGACAUCUUUGUGCACGAAGGGCCUGAAGGUUCGGCGCCGCAGACCAUGGAGGAAUUUGACAUCUACGACCUGUGGGCUGAUCGCAUGGAAGAUUCUACAGCUGAGCAAAUUCUCAAUGGAAAGGCUCAAUACAGAAGCUCGUGGUAUAACUCGACUCUGACGCCGUACAAAGAGGGUCUGGCCAAGCCUGACCCGCGGCUUUUGGGCAAGCGUGUAGGCAGCAUUGGACCAAAGCAUGACGUUCUGCGAGCGCAUGUACCACGACAUGGUAUCCGCAUGUUCAGACUGCGGAACUUGAGUGGCGCCUCUCCGAGAUACGCCACGACCAAGAGUGAGCUCUAA